AUGUUUGCCAUCCGUCGCAACGUAGUGCCAGUCAGUUUCCGAUACAUCAAGUCGGCAACUGCUGCUCGAGUAUUGGCUGUUAGAAAAGGCAAAGCUCCCGGUGAGGUCGCCACCAACUGGGAACUAGCUACGGGCACAGAACGUUACGAAUACAUGGCUCGUCUCGCCGGUCAAGAUCCUUGGGAGGAUUUACAUCCAAUUGUGCAAACCAGUAUGGGAACAAAGGCGAAUCCGGUUGUUGUCAAGGGCGUUGAUCCUGAGAGAUAUAUUGGAUGUACUGGUGAGUCAUCGAUUGUUUGA